AUGGAGCAACAAAGGCGAUACCGCGACGUAUGUCGUGAUAGCUUUAUGCGGGCCACCGACAAGCUACGGGGGUUAUUAACGAAAACUCCUAUAGAUAGUGUUGCGUUGAAGGUGGCGGUUGAAAUGCUGCGGCUUAAGCAUUCAACUUUACAAAAAGCCGACGAUGAAAUAACAACGCUGUUGAUGGGUGAGGCGGCCGACAGAGACGUCCUGGGAGCCGAACAAGCUACUUGCGCAGAAUUCAUGGAACAGUUCCUUGAGUUACAGCAGCAGGUGAGCGACCUAACCUCCAAGCCAUCGACAGCAGCCGUUCCUUCCAGUGGCAUCGGUAACAAUGGGGUAAAUCUUUACAACAUACAAGACUCGUUAAAAUCGCGGUACGGUCGAGAGGACUUGUUAAUCGAAGUUUAUGUACGCGAAUUGUUGAAGUUGAUUAUUCAGAACGCGACUUCGACGCGAGAAAUUGACUUAGUAUCUCUCUACGAUAAAUUGGAAACUCAGUUGAGAGCGCUGGAGACGCUAGGCGUAACCACCGAGAAGGCCGCGAACGCGUCUAUAGCAAAUUUAUCAGAUGCAAUUCAGCGUGAAGAGAUAAAACCUGCUAGGCGUUUAGCCAAUUUAAUGGCCUUCCUAAAAAGAGAAGUAGAGGGCGAGGAGCGCAUUGCACUCGCUGCUGAGGGUUUUGGUAUCUCUUCGGGAGGGAAAGCUAGCGUACGUAAACAAUCCGGGAAUGACUCGUACUGUAGAUUAAGUCCUACGUUUAAGAAAAAGGUAAUAUCGCAAAACGCUGAACCGAUAGCGACAGCCGCGGGGUUAGUAGUCCAAGAUGGUUUGAGCUGUGUUUUUUGCGAUAAAAAUCACGAAAGUACAAUGUGUGUUAAAGAUCAAAAUUUUUCGCUAGAACAGCGCAAAGAUAUAGUAAAAAAGAAAGGGGCAUGUUUUCGAUGCCUGCGAGGUGGUCAUAGCGUCAAGAGAUGCCGCGCCACCGUAAAAUGCAUUAUUUGUAAAAAGGAGCACUUACCCUUAAUGUGUUCUACAUUAACGGAUCCGCAAGUAGGAUCGAAACCAGAAGCAAAUAAUGCGCAUGACAAAUCGAAAGCGGCUAAUCUACCUGAGAAAGCCAAAUCUGAGGAUCUCGCGAAUUUCACGUCAAGCCACGUUUUUCUGCAAACUUUUAGAGUCAAUAUUCGACAUAACGGUGGCGAACGUGACGUGCGAGUACUAAUCGACAACGGAUCUCAAAGAUCCUAUAUACUAAAAAGCACCAGCGACGCGUUAGGUCUUGAAGUAAAAAGACGCGCGACGAUAGCGCAUGGGUUGUUUGGUGGAACAACAGUAGAACGUAAUCAUUCUUGUUACGACGUUACGUUGGUAAAGGGAGAUUACUCCCGUACAGUAGAGGUAUUGGAUCAACCGACUAUUUGUCAUCCUAUUCCGCCGGUAUUUUAUGGACCGUGGAUUAAGGAGUUGAAACGUAUUGGGAUUUCUUUGUCUGAUGUAAAAGAUUCCUCGCCGAUAGAAAUACUUCUAGGCGCAGACGUGGCAGGUCAUAUUUACACAGGAAAGAGGGAAGUUUUAGAAUGUGGAAUGGUAGCGGUUGAAACUGUAUUCGGAUGGACGCUCAUGAGAAAAAUAGACAGCCAGCGAUUUAAAUCAAACAUGGAAAUAUCUUGUCUAGUUUCUGACAAAACAGUGACUUCGCUGUGGGAACUCGACGUACUUGGGAUACGAGAUCCUGUCGAGAAAAAACGAAGCGAGGAGGAGUUUCGAGAAGUAAAGGAGUGCUUCGAGAAAACUCUACAAGUUGACGGAGAAGGGCGUUAUGAAGUGCGACUUCCGUGGGUAGCGGAUCACUCUCCUUUAUCCAGCAAUUACGAGAUUGCAAAAAGGCGAUUGAGUUUGACAUUAAGAAAUUUGGAAAACACCCAACUACACCAAGCCUACGACCAGGUUUUUUGUGAAUGGCAAUCGGUAGGAGUAAUCGAGACAGUUGUUGGGGAGGUGGAUCAUCAACGAGGGCACUAUCUGCCACACAGGCCUGUCGUGAAGGAAAAUUCGACAACAAAAAUUCGUCCGGUGUUCGACGCAUCAGCGUGUUCGAAAAUUUCACCGUCGUUAAAUAAUUGCUUAAGCAAGGGUGUCAAUUUGAUAGAAUUGAUCCCAUCGAUAAUUCUGCGAUUUCGUGAACUUAAAAUCGGAGUGAUUUCUGAUAUCCGAAAGGCGUUCUUACAAAUUGGAGUUCACGAACCGGACAGAGAAUUUCUAAAAUUUUUAUGGGUUGAUAAACAGGGCAAUGAAAAGGUUUAUCGACAUAGAAGAGUAGUUUUCGGUGUAAGUAGCAGUCCGUUUUUGUUAGCAGCUACAAUCGAACAUCACCUAGAAAAAUGUCUCGAAAAAUGCGACACACCGAAUCCCGCUUAUUCAAAAGACACGAUCACGCGGUUAAAUCAGAGUUUCUAUGUGGAUAAUUGCGUGACCAGCGUAAAGGACAUGGUGACUCUCGAUAAGUUCAUAAAAGAGGCCACCGAAGUAAUGGCGGAAGCGAAGUUUGAUCUUCGAGGGUGGGAGCACACGAGUUUGGACGAACCUCCUACUCACAGCGUUUCUGUGUUGGGUUUGAAAUGGCAUCGAGAGAAAGACGUAUUGACAGUCAACGGCUUUUCAAUCAAAGAAUUGAUCCAAUCGGAAAAGUUCCGCGUGACGAAAAGACUCAUGUUAUCCAUCGCUCAGAAACUCUACGAUCCUAUAGGGUUUACCAGUCCCGUCACUCUAAGACCAAAAAUCCUGUUACAACAAUUAUGGGAAAAACAACUGCAAUGGGAUGAGGAAGUCGACGAGGUGACGAGAAAAGCGUUUAUGGAAUGGGCGGAAGAAUUAAAAUACUUGGAGAGAAUUGAGAUACCACGGUGGAUUGGGUUCGAGUCGAAUACAUCGCAACCAUGGAGUCUACAUGUAUUUACAGACGCGAGUAAAAAGGCCUAUGCCGCAGUGAUAUUUCUGCGCAUAGAGCAAGAAGGAGAGGUAAAAAUACAUCUCCUAGCGACAAAAUCGAGAGUCACGCCUAUCAAGCCAACUACCAUUCCUAGACUGGAACUCUUGGGCGCUACGAUCGGUGUUCGUUUGUGUGACACAGUUAAAAAAGACCUAAAAGGCGACGGAAAGUGUUUUUAUUGGACCGACUCCACUACCGUUCUUUCGUGGAUACGACGAAAAGAAGAAUGGACGGUUUUUGUGAGAAAUAGGGUCAAUGAAAUUCGUCAGAAUUCGGCGAUCGAUUCAUGGAGACAUGUGCCAGGGCACUUAAAUCCGGCUGAUCUGCCUUCCCGAGGAUGCACACCGCAACAAUUGUGCGAAAAACGUUGGUGGGAGGGGCCAUCAUGGCUGAGGGAUGAGCCGGCGGAAUGGCCUUCGGAACCAGUCGCAUAUGACGAGAAUGAAAUCACUGCAGAGAGGACGAAAUCAACAGUAUCGAGCUUGAUGGUUACUGAGAACUUAGCUAGUUCAGAUUUUACGUUAUUUGAGGAUUUCGAGAGAAUAGUACGUCAAGUUGGGGGGAUGCUGCGUUUCAAAAAUAAUGUUAGGAAAAAAUUGAAGGAAAAGGCGGCAGAUCGACAAGUCGCUAAAAUCAAAGAACCAUUAACAUUGACGGUAAGGAUGGAAGCUCUUUCGGUGGAGGAACUACAGACGGCCGAAAACCUCAUUUUGAAAAUAAGCCAGAUGGAAUCGUUUGGAGAUAGAAAUGACGCUUUAAAUGGUUUAACCGUAAUAUGUGACGAAUUCGGUUUGCUACGUGUUAGAACUCAAGUCUCGAAUAGACCAGACGCUGAAAAUUUUAGAUUUCCCAUUUUGCUGUCAGGAAAGCAUGUUUUUGUUCAACGUCUGAUAACGCUCCAACAUGUAAAAUCUUGUCAUGCGGGAGCACAAAACCUGUUGAGUAUCCUUAGGGAGAAAUACUGGAUUUUGGGAGGCAGGAGAAGAGUGCGCGCGGUAAUAUCGUCUUGCGUUGUGUGCAAACGGCAGGACGCGAAACCCUUUGUAGUGAAAUCUCCGGCGUUGCCGAUCGACCGAGUUCGUGACGCAGAAACUUUUGAGAUUACUGGAGUUGAUUUGGCUGGGCCGUUAUUCUUGAGGGGCGGUGAAAAAGCGUGGGUUUGUUUGUUUACCUGCGCGGUGUACAGGGCUGUCCAUCUAGAACUGGUUUCGUCGUUAUCGACCGCGAGUUUUAUACAAGCGUUCCGACGGUUCAUCGCGCGACGUGGAAGGCCAAAGACUGUUUAUAGUGACAACGGCACCAACUUCGUAGGCGCCGAAAGCAGCCUAGCGUCGGUAGAAUGGGAAAAGAUUGAUCGGAGACAAUCUGCGCAAAGUGGAGUAACUGAUUGUGACAGUGUUCGAUCGAAAAGUCGUUGGAUCGGAAAAUCGUCAUGCGCAAAAGGUGGCGGGAUGACUUACGGCAAUGGCGAUUUAGAUCAGAGCCGAGUAGUGGAACUAAUCCCCGGCAAAGACGGAAUUGUGCGGGUAGUGAGAAUCGAUACUGCGAACGGGCAGUUGUUGAGGCCCGUCCAGCGGUUGUACCCACUGGAAGUGGAUAGUGUAAGCAUCAAACCGCAAGGGGAGGACAACGUCGAUCAGCCUGAGGGAGAACUGCAAGUUGAUACUUCUCAUCAAAAAGACAGCGAAGAAGUGAGCGACGAAAGUGACAGUGCGGGAGUGACGAGCACUAAAAGUGCUCAAAGCAGAGUACCCGAGUUACGUACCAAGUGCGGUCGACAAGUGCGGAAGCCGGCGAAGUACAGACAAUGA